AUGGGGAAGUCUGCGGAAGCCAGGGUCCAAGAGAUCGAUGCCGCCGCCUUUCACCUUUUGAACGCCGAUUUCAGCGGGGUCACUGCAUUCAGCGACGGAGCGAAUGCACUUUGCGAGAAGACCGUGGGCAUUUCUCGCGAUGCGUUGCUGCAGUGCAGGCGUUUGCGGCUGGUCGCACGUUUGGCAAAGGUCUUGCGCCUGCUUUCUCAGCCCGGGGAGCGGCUCUGCAAUGCAGCUCGCGAUUGGGCCAGGACGCCCAACAUCGAUGCGCUUCUGGAACUUAGGGACAUCGGCUUGGAAGAGGGUCCAGCCUUGCGUGCAGCAAACCCUGACCAGCUUCAACACGAGGUUUUCCAAGCAGCGCGCAAGUUGAGCCGUGAAAUGCUGCCGAAGCAUGUCGAAGAGGAUCCCAUCGAAGUUUCCCCCAGGGAUUCGCAGGCCUCUACAGUGCCGGGAGAAGCUUGCAGGCCCAGCAAGCAAGGUGUGCAGGGAGACGGAGCUGCAGAGCAAAGGCCAUCUCGGGGUGGCCCCAACAUCUUCGAUGCCCCGUUAAUCGGCGAGCUGCCUGCCUUCGAAGACGGUCUUCCAGGACGGCGGUCGAACAAGCGAGUGCACUCCUUUGCGCAGAUGUUGGAGGGCGACUCCUUCGUGGCACAAGGUGCCUGGACGGAAGGAGAAGAGCAGCGCUUGCUCGAAGGCUUCCAAGUCUACGGAAAGCAGUGGAACAUGAUUUCCAAGUGCUGUGGCCUGCAACACAGGACUGUCUUAGGUUUUGGGGUUUAG